GCCCCUAUUAUACCAUGAUGAAACUAUUUAGUUAACUUUUAACCUGGAAUGGUAGUCCUUCAAAUUCAACUUAUUUUGCUACAAAUGGGCCUCCCGUGCCGUUAUAAACAAAUCUGAAGCGGUUUCAACAACCACGAGAGGUAUUGUCCUUCCUAGAAUAUUCAGUUAAACUAUCAUUUUGAGUAUAUUUUAGUUGAAGUAUAAUAUUAAUUACACCAAAGGAAUUAAUCUGUACAUUCGAUGGUGCUGAUUACGUGCCGAUUCCUGAUUUUUUUUAGCUGUCAUCCUAUUUUUAUGGUAAUUUCUCUACAGCACCAUCCAAUAUGGAUGGCCCAUUUUCUGGAACCUACUUGUAGUCAGCGAUAUAAGGAUCUGAUUUUAUUGGUAAACAAAAUAUGAAAAUGUUAUAGCGGAGGAUCGCUCGUUCGAUUCCUGGCGCGAUGCAAGACAUACUCUCGGACCACGUGUGCGAAUCUUCGCACAUUGCCAAUGUGGCACGUCUCAGCGUGGCAUGAUGAUUCAACAUUCGCUCCAUCAGGUGUCGACGUGACACAAUGAUCAUCAUCGGAUCGGUAGCACGAAUCGCGUCGUGGGUCAGAGAGUUUGCACUCUCAUUUAUUUCUCACCCACUGACUUUUUCCUCCCUCGCUCACAUUCCGCUUCUUCCCUGACCUAGGUUGUCUUGCUGCCGCAUCCCCACCGCUACAUCCCACCACCAUAUCCCCAUCACCGUUUCCCCACCGCCACAUCCCGCCGUCGUAGCCGCAUCCCGCCGCCAUAUCCCCAUCGUCGCAUCCAGCCGCGUGUAUCCCCAUCGCCGCAUCCCGCCGCCAUAUCCCCACCGCCGCAUCCAGCUGCAAGUAUCCCCAUCGGCGCAUCCCGCCGCCAUAUCCCCACCGCCGCAUCCAGCCGCGUGUAUCCCCAUCUCCGCAUCCCGCUGCCGUAUCCAACCUCGUUCGCCAACGCCCCUACACGAAUCUAGAAAACUCAUCAUGCGCUGUAUCCCCCACCGCCGCAUCCAGUCGCGUGUGAACCCAUCGCCACAUCUCGCUACCGCAAACGCCCCUAUGUGAAUCUAGAAAAGUCAUUGUGCGCUCCUUCGGCCGAGAACAUAAUUAUGCUACGGGAGAUAAACUAGUUAUGAAGAAUUUCAUGAUUACACCUGGAUCUAGCAUUUCUCAAAUGGAGCAGAGGUCCUCUAAUCACAUUGUUCUUGAUGUAAAUGAUGAUAACAUAGAUAACGGGCAAUGCCACCAUUUCUCCAUAUGUGGGUAUGUUCGUGAGAUGCAGAUGAAUGACUCAAAUUUCCGUUCACUAUUUGAUGACCACAUCAAUUCAUUGCUAGUUACUACAAAAACAUUUCGACGAUGGUAUUGCGAAAGCUGCAGGGAUAAAUUGGAACCAUUAUAUAAUAAUACCAGCACACCAGCUAGAAUGUUGAAUGGAUUUGCACGAGGACAACAUGACGUCCCCAAGGAAUUAUCGCAAGAGAAGGGUUCUGAGGAAUGUCGUUCACCUUCCUACAAUAUAGAAUCCAUGAAAGUAGAUCGAGUUGUAAAUGAUUCAUAUGAGUCAACACCGAUUAAUCAGAAGAACGGUGCUGCAAAAUGUCAUUCACCAGUGUUCAAAACCUACAAGAGAAGGAAGAACACCAAAGUGCACGAAGUUAUAAAUAAUAGUUCUUUUGUGGAAUAUCAAGAUACCUCUGGCAUGGCUUCAACUUUUGCCCAUGCAUUACCGUCUUCGAGCAGUUAUAAGUCGGAAAAGGCAGCACAAAUAAGUAUUGAACCCCGGAACCAGAGUGCAUUAAAUCUGAUCCAGGUAAAUGGUUCCCGAUCCAUAUUAGAAACAAAGGCAGGAAAUAUGUUUGAUCCAAGAAUGUCAGGACCUUCGACGGGUUACUAUACAAGUGACCAUAUGCAGGGAAGACAUCUUCAUGGAUCAGUAGACUUGUGGAAGCACACAUGCUUCACACAAUGUGAAGCGUCUACAGGGAACAUGCCAAGCCGUUGUCUACUUCCUAAUUCAUACCAUUUGCAUGAUCAGUAUGAUGUAGAAAAUUUCAUAUGGUACAGAGACAGCAACAUCAUCAAUGAAAGUUGUGCACCGACCAUGGAUAUUUCUGCAAAGUAUCAACAUCCACAUUGUCCCAGUAAACCAUUUCGCCCUGUUCCUAGGAUUGGUGUGCUCAGUCCCAUGUUGCAGAAAGAAGUCACAACAUAUUCGGAGAGCUGCGGAACACAGUCUGGCUACCGACUAGGCAUGUCUGAGGAGGAAAUGCCUUGCCAGAUGUACAGAGGGGAAAACUCGGCAUCAAGCUCACAAAAAUUCCGGGCAACAUACAACCCCCAACAUUUGGGUCAUGUCAACUCUGUUGGAAUACCAGAACUUCUGCCGGAGAGGGAGAAUUCACAUUCAAGCAAAGGCAAAAGCAAAAUGGUAUAUUCUUCGGACAAAUCUGCACAACAGGAUAUAUGUGCUCAGGCUCUGUCUCUCUCUGGUGUGGCCACAAAUGCUGCAACUCGUGGAAGGAGUUGAAAGUUACAUGGUGAAGGCAUGUAACCUUGCAUGUGCCUUAACGUGUCAAGUGCAUAAUCUUUUUUGUUUGAAAGCGCAUACAUGUUUUUGGUUGUCUUGUCAAGUUGUGUGGAAGGAGUUGGAUUAUCACCAUAGUAUGAGUUGGUUGUCUUGUACUCUAUAAUGUUUUGACAUGUAAUGUCUCGGAGUCGGGUACCAAACGUGGGUCGUUGAAUAAGUGUAAUUUGUACACCUGUGAAUUGAUGUUUUUUCAUCCUUCCAAGACUCUAUAUUCCACCUGAUAUUUUGUUAA